AUGGGGCACCUGCACUCCUACACCGGCGGCCUCGCCAGCCAGAUUCCCACAGGCUGGCCGCGCCAGCCUGGCUCGGGCGCCGCUGAUGCGGGCAUCUUCAAGACGAUCCUGCGGGCCCCCGAGACGGGCACCGACUGGCGCGGGCACUUCGCCGCGAGGCUUGGCGCCAGGGACGAGCGCCUGAGGCGCCUCGCUGCCGAGGGAGGCGCUGGCCUCCAGGGGCGCCUGCGGCUGUGGUGGGCUUACGGGCGCAGGGACUCCGCCCGCGCCCACGCCUUCCGACCGGCGGCCUCCACCGAGGCCGAGUCGCCGCCCGCCUGGCCCGAGGUCGUGAAGGUCAGGGGGGGGGAUGGCGGCCUCGCCACGGGCGUCUCCCCCACCACCGGCGAGCUUCUCGCGGAGCAGGCCGCCGCUCUCCUGGAGAGCCCUGGUCGCCAUAUUGACCUCGGCGUCGCGGUGGCCUCGGAGACCAUCUCGCAUGUGGCCGGACAGCUGUCGGAGCUGCUGGUGCACGUGCUCACCAGGGAGGUUCCUGAAAACGAGGAGCGGGACGCAGUGGAGGUGAUCGUCGCGCCCAACGCGGGCGUGGAGGCGUGGGCCGGGUCAAGCGUCGUGCGGGUGUCCUCUUUGGAGAUGCUCUUCCCUUCGGGUGAGCGUCAGUACGUCACGCUGGGCCGCCCGGUGUUCCUGGUGGCCGAGCGCGUGCCCAGGAGGGAGAUGCGCACGUUCCUGCACCAGUGCGAGGCAGUGGUGGUGGCCACCGGGGACCAGAGCGUGGCGGAGGCCAUCCUCCUCGGCAAGGUCCCAAUGGUCAGGCCCGACGCCAAGGUGGAGCAGUGGGGGCGCGCUCUGUCGGUCGCGGCGGAGGGAGCGGUGGAGGCCGUGCCCGACCUGGGGGAGGUCCUGAGGCGAUUGCUGCGGUCACCCCAGGAGCGCAGCAGGAUGCAGCGGCGGUCGCGGGAGCGCAGCGAGGAGGCCGAGGCGCGGGCGACGGCGGAGCUGGGCGGCAGCUGGAGCGCCGCCCAGGAGGCGCUGGUGAGGGCUGGGAUGUUCGGCUAG